AUGGGUGAACAACUGACUGGAAGUCUGGCGGGAAUCCUAUCAACAGGGAACCCAUCGAGUAAAGAUCAACCGGUGGGAAAUACGUCGACAAGAAACUUGUUAGAUGGAAUUUUAUCAGCCUCCGGUGUAAAUGGAACCAAACAAAUUUCUAAUUAUUCGACAAACCUAGGGGAUACUGGUGCAUCCAUGUUUCCUACCUCGCUCAACGACGGUCUAACCUCUAAGGAAGAUCAAAGUGGUAUCAUCACAAACGUUUACAGACAACAAUCAAAUUUGGAUAGGAAAAAUACAAUUUAUUGGCCUCCACCUGGCUUUUUCAGCCCAGAAAUAGUCGAAAAUUUUAGGAAAGUUUCAGGUCAAUCCUCAGCUGUUAAAAAGACAGAUAUUAGUCAACAAUCCUACCCGCACAUUCGUAACCUUCAGAAACCUAUGGAUCACAGCAAACUUAGCUACCAACGGUAUUCUAGCUUUCCAUGGUACUCAAGCUACCAACAACAAGGAUGGAAGCGUGGAUACCCAGCAAGCCCUGGUUACCAAGUAAAUUAUCCGGGAAUGAUGCCAAAGAGUGCUUUUCCAGUCGUGAAAGGCGUUCGCGAUAGAGUCCCUGCAGAUCAGGAGAAGAACGUUCAAGUGACAAGUUAUUUCCGAGACAAUGAUAAAGCUAUGCAGGGUAAAUUUCACGGUAUGCUGUCUCCUCAGCCAUCUUCGAUGCAAAUGAAACUUCCCAUCAAAACUGUCACAAAGAGUACAACCCCUUUCGCUCUUCCGAAUGAUAUUCCGACUUCCGGCUCUGGUAGCUCGGGGUCUGGAUUUGACGAAUCUUACGACAUGGAUGAUACCGCUGACUUAAAAGAACCAGAGCCGGAAUUUGAUGAUACGGCUGACCUGAAAGAGCCAGAGCCGGAAUUCAGCGAAAGUGGAAGCGGAUAUGACGAAAAGGACUUCAGAGACGAUAUUUCCAAAGUGGCAUUCAUGUUAGCAGGCACGAAUGAUAACCCAAAUAUGCCUCCAUUUCCAGUGCCAGGCCUUCCCAUGAACUUGACACGGCAACAAGCCAUUGAUAUAUAUAAAUCAGCCUUGUACUUCGCUGGUCUGCUGCAAGGAGAUGGUGAGUAGUUGACACGAUGUGCGAUGAGACUUUUCGUCCAUCAAUAGCGAACAAUUGAGCAAAAGACAAACUAACUGUUCGAAGAGUUUUCUUCGACAGAAAUUUCGGUAGAAAUAAAAAAUUGAGUGAUCGAAGAUCACUUCCCAAAAAACAAUUUACGGCUCAAACAAAUAAAAAAUGAAUAAAGAUCAAAACUGUAAGACCCAUUUCCCGGCAUAACUAUUGAUUAAUAGUUUUUUCGCAUUUUUGCAUGGUCUCAUCGCCUUUGUGUUUUCCCUACAAGAUAUUCUGACAGAGACUUUACUCUUGAGAUGACAGCAACCAACUCCAGACAGAUGAAGACAACAACAACUCUUAGAGGGACACAUUAUAAAUGACAGAACCAUCGCUUAAGUCAUUUUAUGUACAUCACAGGGAUAAAAGACAAAUCAUCAUGAAAGACAAAUCCACUUUUUAAGCGCUUCGAAUUCUCUAUGAAUUUGACGAGCUGUUCAGAGUGAUCAUGAGGACACCACAUGAAUUAGACGCUACGUGGACAUUCCGUGAACAGCAUCUUACAAUGAUCCACUACGAUAACUGAAAACAAACUUUGGUGACAGAGAAGGUGGUUCAGGUUCACGCCUUCGACUGUACUGAGUGAGUCAGGAAAGUACGACGGAAGACAUGACAUGUACAUUCACUUGAGAAAGCUACAAACCGACAGCCCAUUACGUACUGAAUGAAUGUAAAAAUAGAAAUAAAAAUGACAAAACUUUAGCUUAGUACUUUGCUACAAACUACUGUCUACCAAACCUAAGCAUUUUUAUAACGACUCUUUCACCUUCUGUAGUUUAGCUGUUUUAUUCAGCAUGAUACGUCAUCUUAAUAUGUUCCAACUUGCUUUGUUUUAGAUAGCAAUGAUAUUGACAAAGCAGGAUCAGGUGAUGAAGCUGUAGACGAAGGUACUGAUGACGACGACAGUGAGGACGAUGACGAAACUAUAAGUGACAAUGACGUCAAGGAAGCUCUUGCUGCUUCAAGCGGGGAACUGAUCGCUAGUGGCCAGGAAAUCAGUGACGCAGAAGCAUCUGGCAGCGAAUCAGAGUUACCUAUUGAAAGAUCAGAUAGUAAAGACAAUGAUGUGGUCCAAGGUGAUGAUGACAAAACGAAAAUCGAUUCAGAGAAACUUGCCAGCGAGCCUCAAAAGGAAGUUAAAGAAGCACAAGCAAUUGAUAAAACUUCUAAUAAAGCUGACAGUGACAGUGUUAAAGAUGAAGAAGAUGGUCAGAAGGGACAAAACGAGGAAGAACAACCUGAAACAGUCGAGGACAUUGAUGCAGAUGUGCCCCCACCACUUGAUAGUGACACGCAAAGAAGUGAUUCCGCUGCUCAAGAAAAUGAAAAUCCCCCUAUAGACGACACCAAACAAAUGACCGAGGUGCAGUCAAAAUAUGCUGCUGAUCAGCAACAAGAAAAAGCCUUGGCCUAUCUUGCCAAUAGUAAGAGUUAAGAGUUUUUGUAAAAUUAAUGAGGUUGUCGAAUGUUGUCCAAUAUCUGUUUGUGUAUUACAUUCUACAUCUAGCUUAAACUUGACCUGAGGCUUGCUUCGUUGCUAAACAUCAGUAAAUCAUCGUCAGAUGCAGUGUCUUAAACGUUUGAAUUAUAUUUUUUUAUCUUAAACUUACCAUAAAAACAAACAACAACAAAAAAAAAGACUUUUUUACGCAAGCACUCCAAGGAAAACAAACAAAAAAAAUAAGUAUCAAGAGCAAACCUGGCGGAAGAUUACGCCUGGCUAAGGCAAGAUCGCAUUCGGUUUGUAACUGCAAUAUGGUUAUCGUGAAUGAGCGUUGCCUCAUAAGCGCCAUCGAACUAUUUUGGCCGAUUUUGACAAAAGUUGAUUCCUGUCUUACCUCUCUUUUCAGCUCGUCAAAGUGGAGUCUUUUCCGCCCCAUCUCAAAGAGCCAUCAUAUGCAAAGACACGAUACAGAAAAUAUCUUGCCCGCCCGAACAUAGGAUAAGGGUGUUAAAUGCUGAUUUUGGUGACAUGGGUGAUGUCGGUUGCCUAAAGGAAAACAAUCCAAUGCCGGUGGGAUUCUGCCGCACUCCUGGAACUUACGAAAAGGUGAAGAAACGGUGUGAUGGUCUGGAAGGCUGUGAUUUGGCUGCGAGUAAUGACUGGUUUGGCGAUGCGUGCCCGGACGCUAACAAGUAUUUGGAUGUCAACUACGACUGCGUGAAUAAUCCGGGUAAGUAAACUGAUGGGUAAAAUGAGGUCUGUAUUCGAGACUGCUUUAAAUAUCCUCCGGCAGCUUAUCUCGAUCAGGAGAAGUGACACGAAGUAUUGCUAUUCGCACAUGGAUUGGAUGCUUAUCCACCCGAGGCUACCCCUCCUAGAAUUUCGGUUUCUGACAGAUUACUUGUACCCACUUAUUCUCCCCCGGUCCACUCUCCUGGGUGGAGAGUGGACUGGGGGAGAAAAUGACCUCUCUCCAAGUACACAAAUAAAUGACCCGGAGCGGGGCUUGAACCUAGAGUCCAGUCCAGUUCUUCCCAGCUAUAAUUCUACCGCAUCUCCAAAGCCUGGAGGGGCAUUCGAUUUUGGGCGGCAGUGAAUUACAAUAAACAAGUGUUUUUUUGAAAUCCAAGUGAUAAGGCAGAAGCACCACUCUUUUACAGACCCGAGGAGUUAGAUUUCCUUUUGAGAAGAAUAAGACUGAGUUUCUCAAAUAUUUCGGAUCUGGAAUGUCCCGUUAUGUCGAAGUCAAAAAUAACUUUCUCCCAGUUCUGCUAUUAAGCCCUAAUGAGCAGCAAAGUACUCCUGGUUGACAAUUGAAUUAACUCAUCAGUGUGACAGGUUAAAAAAUGAAGCUUUGUUCGAAGUUUUUUCUUUUUUAUGUCUCUUUUCAUCACUCUGCAAAGGUGUGAUACAGAGAAAGGGCUAGAAAUUAAGAAGGCUGAUGAUGUUUAGUUGUUGUCUCAGAUGUUUAGAGGCUGUAGAUGUUGUCCACAGGUUCUUAAAAGGCUCUUCCCUUCGGCAAAGAAUAUAAUGGCACUUUUAAACGAUUACUGGUUAAAGAGUGAAAAUGAAUCGUUUGUUAUGGUACUUGCCAAGAGAUUAUAAUUUCUUGUUCUGGCUAUGAACUUAAAAAAAGACUAAAUAAUUAGAGGAAAACCCAGGGAUUUUAAAUUUGCAGUGGAGAUAAUCUUCAGGAAUGUUCUUUUCGAAAAGUAACUAUAUAACUAAUUUUUAGUAUAGAAAUUGCCAAACAGAAAAAAAGCCUGAAUAUUUCCUGAAACCUUGGCCUACAAUAACUCUAGAUCUUUCUCUUGCGUCAACUGAGCGUUCAUUCCUUUUUUCUUGCUAUUUGCGUAACCGGGGCGAAAAUAUAUUUGGGCUCGAUAAAUCAAUUAACACGCCCUGCUUUGAGCGCGUAAUGUCAUCCCAAAAGAGUUAUUAUGACUUGAUUUUCAUCAACCAAUCACGUGGAGUUAAAAUUAAUAUCUACCCGCAAAACAGACACUUAGGGGAAAUACGUAACCUGACAUAAAAAUAAACAUUUUGUAGAUUGGAAGCUUUGAUCUGGAUGAAACUUCGGGCUACAUGAUGAGGAAUUCCGAAGUGGAAAUUUUUGCAAUUAUUUCUGUUGCGUUUUUAAAUUUUGCUUUUGCAGGUAUUUCAACUCGAGUAUCGAAUACCAAAUUGGCUAGAUUUUUUUUCAACAAAAUGUGCCUAGGAGUCGGAACUCUUGAUCAUUUUUCGUAUUUUUUUCAGCUCCGUCACUUCAGUGGUACGAUCUUUGGAAAUACCAUUCAAAGCCUAAUGAACAAGGUUUAAGCUCGUUUUAAUGGAUAAAUCAGAUUUUAUGAGUCUUGAUCUUUCGUGAACGGAUUAAUUUCCAUGACUGAUAUUUUUGGUAAUUUUAUAUCGGUAUCAAUAGCAAGCGAAAAACGCGAGCCGCCAGCACAACCGAUAGUGCAAUCUUCACCUGGUCCGCUCCAGUCAAUAAUUCAAUUACCGCAGUUUAUUUUCCAAGGUGUUUACAUGUGCUUUAAUGUCGUUUUCAAAGAUCUUUGAAAUUGUUGCUGUUGGUAUUGUUUCUAAUCUCAUGGUAUUAUUGGGUUUUUGUUACAGUGCCUUACCCGGCCCCUCCUGCUGCGGGAUUUAGUCAAGGUGAGUUAUUUGGAGCCGUAUUGUAGUCUAAGUAAAUUGUCACAACAAGAUAAAAACUUGUGUCCAUAGUUACUUUGUGCUUUUAACAUAUUUUUUCAUGUAGCGCUUGAGUAAGAUCUGUGCUUAUUCUUUGCCAUCAGUGAACGUAUUAUAGGCGUGAAAGUAAUCAUAAUUAUGGGAGCUUUGACAAAGAAUUACUAACGUGCUAAAACGCUAAAACGUUUUUCAAGUAAAGUUGUAAGUAAAUGUGGAUUUAUGUUAGGCGAAAUUUUUAAACGAUUAAAUUCGUUUUAGUAUUUCGAAUUUUCCUUUUAUUAAGGGUCCCUGUUCAGAUCAUCUUCUCCAAUGAUGCACUAUGUUCCCAAAGUAAAUUAGGUCUCACUUUAUGAGAAAAUUGCUAAGUAAAAGCAGAGAAUUACCCUAUUAAUAGCUAGAUAAAAAAACCACAACCAUUUUUCUCUCAUAAAGAUCGCAUCGAACAGAAAAAGCCGCCAUUUGGUUGAUCUGAGAGCGCCAAUUACCCGCAAUAAUGUGUUCAGUAAAUUAAAGACGUUUUUUCGUUCUCUAUCUAAGGAUAACUUUUUAUGUCAUUGGAAGUUGGGUAAAUUUUCUUUACAGCUAGUUACCAGCCCCCUCCAGCUCCGGCCGCCUAUGCCCCAGCUCCUUAUGGUGAGUGAUAUUAUUUCUAACUUUUCUGGGUUUGUCUGUGAGUUGUUGAGUAAGAUUAGAGUGUCAAACGGCAAAAAUUAUCUCCAAUUCUGUUUACUUUCCUCACAAUGAUUUAUCGAUCUCUGAAGAGAAAUCGUAAAAGGAUUCCUUCUUCACUCUGAAUGUACAUCACUUUCAUGCCUACCCUAACAGACAACAUCAACUUCAAUAACUGCUGUUCACCGUGAAUGCAAUGCUUAACCUCUCUUAUUAUAAACGAUAAAUCUACUGGAUUUUAGCAUGACUAAAUCUCAUAUCAGUAAUAUCUAUCACAUUCUCAGCCCAGCCUCCCCCGGCAUAUGCCCCUGGUAUGGGAGUCCCGGAUCUCAUGUCAUCGAGUCCUUACAUGGCUCCACCAGACCCGUGUAGUCCGUGUAACACGUGUGCUCAAUGCUCGUUACCAGUCUGCAGCCCAUGUACUCACACCUGUCAACCUCUGACCUGCGCUCCUCGCAUCCCAGCUAGUUUACAGCCUCUGUGGCAACAGUGGAAUGAAAGGACUGCAGGUAACAUAUCAAUCAAAAUGUUUUUUUAUUAUUUUUUUUUCCGACGGUAUAGCUAUAUUUUUCUUCAAAGUCAUGGAAAUGAUGGCUGGCUUUUUUCGUUGAACACUUUGUCGUAUUACGUUCUAAGCUGCAUUAGCCCAAAGAGAAACCAUCAAUUGAUCACAAAUAUCCAAAUUAACUUUACCUUUCCAAGAAAUACAACGUCGUGUUCAUACGCCCACUUGAAAAUCUUUAUAUCUACAGCGAUACUAUUUGUCUUUUAUUUCAGACAUGAGUCGAAUGGAAAUGGCAGCGCUUAUUAUUUCGCCUCUUCCCAAACUUGCUGCUCCCACAAAAGCACCUGAAUCUGCGCAGGUGUCGGGUGGAGCUGAAGGCUCUGAGUCUGCGUCAGGUGAAACAACUUCUGACCUUGAUGAGGACGCUCUCUAUGAAGCUAGUAAGAGGUCUAAAAUUCAGCAGGUGAAAUCAAAACAGACAGCAAAGAAAGUAACUUUGGCAACGCAUAAGAAAGCUCAUAAGGAUGAUAGUGAACAAGGCUUUUUGCGAAGCAGUGAUUUGUUGGUUUCGUCAGGAGAUGCAAGCAGCGGCUCAUCUUCAUGAAGUUGGAGGAUAAAAAAGUUGCAAAAAACAGUUAUCCCUCUGAGUUGUAACUAGGAAUGUUGCGUGACACCUAAGUGAAAGCCCGGUGCGUUACUUAAUUUUAAAGAACUAUUUUUUAAGUCAUGAAAAUAAUUCGGGAGGAAUACAGAAACGAGAAGACUACGAUUUAAGAGGUUUUUAUGAUGUCCUUGAAAAAGUGCAAGUUUGCAAUGACAACAUGAACUUAGAGUAAACACUGUUUUGGAACAGUGGUACUGACUUAGUUACAGAUUUAAUGAUUAUUUUUUCCCUCUGAAUCUUUUCGUCUCACAAUUGUUGGUAGUUUAUAGUAUUUGUAGGACUCUGCAGGAUAUUCUGUCCAGCAGUCAAUAAUAAGUGAUUCUGUUAGCAUAAUAAGUUUUAUAAGCUUUGUAUGGGCUGUCGUGUGCAAUCCAAAUAAGGAAGAAUACUUCAAAAUUUCAGUUCUGAUUAGAGAGGAUCAACUGGAGAUGUCAUUCAUGCGUCGUCUAGAUAAUCCUCGGAUUCUCUUGUGUGUAGUGAUACCUAAAGAUGUACAUUAACUAAUCAUGUGUCGCAAGUUUUGUUUGGAUAUUCGAUGCAGCGAUUUGUGUUUCUUCAACAAAGGAUUCAAGCGACUCCCUUGUCACGUGCAGCAUGAUCCCUUGGAGAACAGAUACCCUAUCAAAACGGAAAUCCAAACUGAGAAAGUGAUGCUUUUAAUUCAACAUUCCCAUUUCAAUAGCGCUCUUAGAUUUACACCAUAUAGACGUAUUUUUGUACACGAAGGUUCAGAUGUAUCGACAACGUUAACAGUAUGCUGAACUGCUGAAAUUUAGUUCAAUAUUAAAACACUAUCUACAUUUUCGUGUUGGCGAAAGUCUUGUACAUAUAGAUAAUGAGGUUAAAAAAAUGUUGGUCGGAAAACUG